AUGGCCCAGGGUUUAUUAAGUACUGGAUUCGCAAGUUGUGGUAAGAGAGAAACUCUUUCAGAGCUUGAGAAGAGGACUUUGUGGACAUGUUUCAAGAUGGAUAGACUCUUGAGUUGCGGAAAGCGACGACAGGCCAUGUUUCCUGAUGAAGAGAUGCACUUUUCUCUUCCUGUGAACGACACCCAGUUCCUCUUUGGGAAAACCUCGCAGAAUGCUAGUUUGGAUAUGAGUCUGAGGACAUAUGGACCAGAUGAUCAUCUUGUACUUCUUAUUCAAGGUUUGAGGAUCUGGUCAAGAGUCCAUACGUGGAUUGCUGAGGGUGGAAGAAGACGACCCGGUAUGACCGAGCCCGAGCAGUGUCCCUUUAACGAAACUUCAUAUUGGCAUAACAUGAGAAGAGAUCUCUUAGAAUGGAGGGAUUCUCAAGAUGCUCUUAUGAAGUAUCCUGGGACAAAGGUAUCGGUGCAUGCUCAAAGGGGACAAGCUGAGAGGUUUGGAUAUAUCAAUCUGGUUUACUACGUCAGCUUGAUAUUCCUCUGCAGAGAAUACGUCCCCUUCAGUCCGGUAGACGAAGUUAAACCUCGUGGUCCCAUCGAACCACCACUUCUCAAAGCCCGAGGCCCAGACUCAUUCUGGGUGCAAAACGUUGUCCAGCUCUACGAUGCAGCAACACAAAUAUCCUCUCUGCUGUCUGAUCUUGAGCACGUUGGAUGUCCCCUCCGUACACCCUUCUCCGGCGUGUGCGCUUUCUCUUCCACUCUAUGGAGUUUAUACGGCGCCGCGUUUCCAAACUUUAUGAGUUUCACAGAGGAGCAAGCACACGAGGCUGAUGCCCAAGCUGAAAGGACGAUGAGUGUUCUCGUAAGGAUCGGACAAGUCUGGAGUCUUGCGAAAGAAUGGAUUGAAGUUCUCGACACAGCGAAAAAUAUAAUGACUAGAGGUGAGGGAAGGAGAGUUAAGAGAUCGAGGUAUGAUUACCCUGAAUUGGAGGAUUCGAUACAUCUUGCUCCGUUGCAGGGAAUGCCGCGGCAGACGUUUGAUCGUCUUGCUUCGACUUCUGUCAAUGCUGCGGGUGAUGAUGUUUCGAAACUGCAUCAGUUAGUUGCUGGAGAUGUUGAGCAAGGGACGGAAGUGCAAGAGGUGGGUUUGAAUGAGGAGAUGUUGGGUGACGGUGAGUUUGUGGAUGGGGAUUGGUGGAGGCUUUUGUCUUUUUGUGAUGAUCCGCAUCUUCUUUCGACGAGCUUCGAUGAGGUUGGAGAAGGGAAUCCGAGUUAG